AGCCAUUUUGGCUCAUGCCUUUCCGUAGGCCCCCCGCUCCUGGACCUCGUCCCCAGGCGUACCCUGCGACCCCAGAUUGACGGGGCAACGCGGCGGGCGUUGGGGAUUUGGGGGAGAGGGGAUUUUGGCUUAUGGGCAUGGAGAUGGCUGCGGGAGGCGUCCCUGGCGGUGGCGCAAUUUUUUCUUCGAGUCCUUCGCGGAGUUCCGGAGGCGGGCGGCUUCGCGGCGCGGCCGGUGCUCGGGCCUCUGCUGACCGCCUUGUCGCGAGGCUACAGGCGGAGUUGGGUGCCGUCCAGGCCCGCCUCAGCGCCGCCGAGGACACGCUCGGCCUCCUCGUCGGCAGCGGGGAAGCGGCACAGCGGGUGCAGGCUCUUCUGCCGGCUUUGCUGUCCAGGUUGGCUGGCCGGUGUCCCGCGUGGCUGGACGUGCUGAGGCGAAACGUCGCCCUCCACUCCGACGCCGCGGGUAUGAACAUCGCCACCGCUGGCGCCUCGGAGCUCAGGAGAGCCCAACGCGGUCCUCGUCUUGAGUCUCAAGCGGAGUGGGACGUGCUGCCCCGUCCUGCUGGGAAUUGGGAGCCGCUUCCUCUUCAGCCCGAGGUCAGUGGCGCCAGCUGCCCCAAUGCCGAUGCUGGUAUUCGCUGCACGUGCGGCGCGGUGGCUUUCUCGAGUGCGUUCUUGGGGCCGCCGCGUCAGGAGCCCAAGGAGGGAGAGUACACACCCGUGGAAGCGGUGCAGCAGCCACGGCCCAUGCUUAGAGCUGAUGUCGACGCUUUCGUGCCGCUGGAGUCUCUGCAUUCUGAGUUGUACGGUUUGCGCGUAGUUGCUUGGGCCCGUGGGCGGACGGUGCGCAGAGUUCAGCCUUUCGUUCAUCGUCGUCGGCGGCUCGACUCCUUCGACGACGUGGCGGACUACAUCAGCGAGCGCCUCGCGGAGCUGGAGCAGUGGAAUACCACCUUGACAGCAUCGGCACCGCAACCUUGCUUGGGCCGACGCAAGAGACUCGACAAGAGUUGGGGUGCUAAACCCGUCUCUGCAGAUGAUUGCAAGCAAUCUUAGUUUGUCAUUGGUGGGCUUGGUCUGUCCUGAAGGCGUGUACUGAGUGCGCCAGCUCUCGUUCAAUUUCGGGAUGGCCUUGUGCUUCAUCGUCUGACCCCAGUUUUUUGUGCUUCAUCGUCUGACCCCAGCAGCGGGACAUGGUGCGCCAAGGACCUAGAGGACCUAGAGGAAG